AAAAAAAAAAUAUUUUAACACGAUAAUGCAAUUUAAUAAAAAAAGAAUAUUUGCACAUACAUUUUACAUUUUGGUAUUGGUAUUUUAGAUAACUUUUACUUAUCGAAAACUUAUGAGAAAAAUUUUAUUUUAAUUCUAGAAUAUGUAAUUGAUUUGUAGCAGAGUAAAUUAGAUGGUAUACACCUGCCGUAGCAACCAAUGUUUUCAUUUAGUUCAAAAUUACUUAUGUUAGCAAUGGGUAGGCAACAUAUAACACGCAAAUGCUUCUCUAGUUCUUACUGUAUAAAUAUAUAUUUAAACAUAGCAUAAAUAUUAAACAUAUGAAGUCUUCAAAUGUGUAUUGUACUCAUGUUUCAAAGUGAAAUUAUAUAAAUAAAAUAUAAUAUAAUAAUUUAUAAAUAUAUAUUGUAAAUAUAAAAGGCUGUACAAUUGUAUAUAUUUGCAUUACAAUAUAAGAAAUAUUGAGCAGUAUACAGUGUAAAUAAUGUUAGAAACACGUUCAGCUAUUUACAAAAUGAUUGAAGUGGCACGUGAUGAUAGACAGGUUAAUAAUUGGCCACCACCAUUUUCAUCUGAUAUGACGAAAUAUAAUGAAAGAGAUUUUGAUCCAAUUGUUAGACGUUCAUGCAAAACGAAACGCGUAUCUUUGAAAAUUGCAAAAGCAAUUGUAAUUGGCGAUGUUUCGGUUGGAAAAUCAUGUCUAGUAAAUCGAUUUUGCCACAAAAUAUUUGACAAUAACUAUAAAGCAACAAUCGGUGUUGAUUUUGAAGUAGAAAGGUUUGAUAUUCUGGGUGUACCUUUUCAUUUACAAAUAUGGGAUACUGCGGGGCAAGAAAGAUUUAAAUCCAUCGCUGCAUCUUAUUACAGAAGUGCAAAUGUAAUCAUGGUUGUUUUUGACUUGGCCAACUUAAUAUCUUUGGGACACUGUCAACAAUGGUUAAAUGAAGCUGCUCAAAGUAACACGGAGCCAUAUUACAUAUUCUUAAUAGGCACAAAACGAGAUUUACUGUCCAAUCAGGUAUAUACAAUAAUGGAAAAACGAGCGGCUGAAGUAGCGCGGAGAAUGAAAGCUGAGUUUUGGGCUGUUUCCGCUAGAACUGGAGACGGUGUAUCAGAAUUAUUCACAAGAGCAACCGUAUUAUCUUUUCAUGCCAUGAUUCUACAUGAGUUACAAAAUAUGAAGCCGGAAUCAAUUAACAUUGGUUCCGAUUUAAUAACUUUAAAUGAUCAACGAGAAAGGAUUAAAACAAGGAAAAGAAGAAAUACUUGUUUCGAUUGUUCAACGUGAAUGAUAUUUCUCAGAAAUUUAUUAACCACUAAAACUGGCUCAUGAACAAUAGUAUCAGGUACUAAGAUUUUAAUUGAGACAAAGUAAUAUAUAUGUGGUAGAUAUAUCUGCAAUAUGUAAUUCAUACUGUUAAUUUAUAUCGUGUAUGGAUAUUCUGAGUAAUUUUGCAUGUUCAUAUUUCUAAUAAAUGCAUAAAAAUCCAAAAAAUAAUAAAUCAUAAAAAUAAUAAUCAGUCUAAUUAUCAAAAAUAGAUUUAUUAUCGUAACGUUGUUCAAAUACCCCGCGCGUGAAACAAUCUUCCGGCUACGUAACGUAUAUGGACUCCAUCCGGCAGUCUUUCUUUCUUUCUUACUCGCACUUGUCUGUCUUUCUCGAGAUCGGAUUUACUCGGAAAAAGUACGUUCUUUACU